CAUCCCCGCUCGUACUACAGAGCCACACUGAGGUCUCUGCUCGUAUCGCAUAGCGUUGGGAAGCUGGCGGACAGAGAGAAGUCUUCCCGUUCUGACUGGAUGAAUUCACGAGCGCACAGGAAGACGUAAAUAAAGAUCCGAUACGGCGUCGAUUGCAAGGACAGCCCGGGCUCUGGCUAAUUCCUUUAGGUGGCAUUAGACUCCCGCACAGCCUCAUUAAAGGAGCUUGGAUCAGUGUUGCUCUCUGCGCUCUUCGCUCCCGCUUGUCAAACCAAAAUCCCGAGCAAGCCAACGCGCUUACCUGAAAGGACACGCUUGCUUGGGGUGUGUGUUUGUGCUGUUUCCAACAGGAUAAUCACUUUCAACAAAUACGCACGAGUGACCCACCGUCGCCGAAGUCAAAUCACGGGGAUUACGUUUGUUUGCAAAGCUCUUGACUGCAGAGAACGUAUGUGUGUCCUCUCCGCUGUGUAGGGAGCAAAGUGCUGAUAAAUCUCCUGUGACUGGACUCGGGACCUGAGUGACGAGCUUCUCUGCACUUGACAGGAGCGGUUCGGACGAACCAGGAGUGACCAAAAAUCGCACUUGAGCAGCUGAGUGGGAAACUGAAAAUCCGGCGAAAAUGCCUCUUGCACAAAUCGCGGAGCCAUGGCCCACAAUGGAACUAGUGCAGCUCGAAACGGAGAAUGGACAGAGCACUACAGAGGAUGGAGUCACAACUGCUGUCAAGGAAGAUGGAGAAAUCAAAGAGAUCAACAUCACCCAUGUGGUCAAGGAGGGUUCAGAGAAAGCUGAUGCCUCUCAGUUUGAACUGCUCAAAGUCCUGGGACAGGGAUCCUUUGGCAAGGUGUUCCUGGUACGAAAGGUGACUCCUCCUGAUGCCAACCAGCUCUAUGCCAUGAAGGUCCUCAAGAAGGCCACACUAAAAGUCAGAGACCGUGUGAGGACCAAGAUGGAGCGAGACAUUCUGGCAGAUGUCAAUCACCCAUUUGUUGUCAAACUGCACUAUGCAUUCCAGACUGAAGGGAAGCUGUACUUGAUCCUGGACUUUCUCAGAGGAGGGGAUCUUUUUACUAGACUCUCAAAAGAGGUGAUGUUCACAGAGGAGGAUGUGAAGUUUUACCUAGCAGAACUGGCAUUAGGACUGGACCACCUUCAUAGCUUGGGUAUCAUUUACAGGGACCUCAAACCUGAAAACAUUCUUCUGGAUGAGGAGGGACACAUCAAACUCACAGAUUUCGGCCUGUGUAAAGAAGCCAUUGAUCAUGAGAAGAAAGCUUAUUCCUUCUGUGGCACUGUGGAGUACAUGGCACCAGAGGUCGUGAACAGGCAGGGACACACCCACAGCGCCGACUGGUGGUCGUUCGGGGUACUAAUGUUUGAGAUGCUGACGGGAGCGUUGCCAUUUCAAGGGAAGGACCGCAAAGAAACCAUGAAUCUCAUUCUGAAGGCUCGUCUUGGAAUGCCUCAGUUCCUGAGUGCAGAGGCCCAAUCUUUGCUCAGGGCUUUGUUCAAAAGGAACCCUGCCAACAGACUGGGAUCUGGUGCCGAUGGCGCUGAGGAGAUUAAGCGGCACGGUUUCUUCUCCACCAUAGACUGGAAUAAACUCUUCCGAAAAGAAGUAAAGCCUCCGUUCAGACCAGCGGUCGCACGUCCAGAUGACACUUUCUACUUCGACUCCGAGUUCACUUCCCGCACACCUAAAGACUCCCCUGGUGUACCCCCCAGUGCUGGAGCUCACCAGCUCUUCAGAGGCUUCAGCUUUGUUGCAUCAACUCUGUUAGAGGAGGAUGGUUCAUCAGAGCCAGUGCAGGCCCCACCACAUCCAGUGGUUCAGCAACUACAUGGGAAAAACGUCCUUUUCAGCGAUGGCUACGUACUGAAGGAAGAUAUAGGGAUGGGCUCUUUCUCCGUCUGUAAACGUUGUAUCCACAAAGCCACCAACACUGAAUACGCUGUCAAGAUGAUUGACAAGACUAGCACAGACCCCUCUGAGGAAAUAGAGAUUCUGCUUAGAUAUGGACAGCACCCUAACAUCAUAACACUCAAGGAUGUGUACGACAACGGUAAGCAGGUGUUCAUGGUGACGGAGCUGAUGCGUGGAGGAGAGCUGCUGGAUCGGAUCCUCAAGCAGAAGUUCUUUUCGGAGAGAGAGGCCAGCGCUGUGCUGCACACUAUCACCAAGACUGUAGAGUACCUCCACUCACAAGGGGUAGUGCACAGAGACCUGAAGCCCAGCAACAUCCUCUAUGUCGACGAGUCGGGGAAUCCCGAGUCAAUCAGAAUCUGUGACUUUGGCUUCGCUAAGCAACUGCGUGCCAACAAUGGCCUGCUAAUGACCCCGUGCUAUACUGCUAACUUUGUAGCUCCUGAGGUGUUGAAGCGUCAGGGCUAUGAUGAGGGAUGUGACAUCUGGAGUCUCGGGGUUUUGCUGUACACCAUGCUGGCUGGUUUCACUCCAUUUGCCAACGGACCUGAAGACACUCCAAAUGAAAUCCUGAACAGGAUAGGCCACGGCCACUUCAGUCUGACUGGUGGUAACUGGGACUCCGUGUCUGAUGCCGCCAAGGACCUGGUGUCCAAGAUGCUUCACGUUGACCCCCAUCAGAGACUGACUGCUAAGCAGGUUCUCAAACACCCAUGGAUUGUCCGCAGAGACAAGUUGCCCAACAGCCAGCUCCCACACCAGGACCCCAAACUGGUCAAGGGUGCAAUGGCAGCUACCUACUCCGCCCUGAAGAACUCACAACCUACUCCAGAGCUCAAGCCCAUUGAGAGCUCCUUCCUUGCUCAGAGGCGUGUCAAGAAACUUCCCUCCACCUCUCUGUAGAGACUCUGAACAGCCAAUCAGGUCACAGGAGUCUGAUCAAAACCACACCUCCUGGCUCCAAACCACCCAGUCAGCUUGCUCGGGGACUUGGUGUCGACACGCCAAUACCAGCCAAGGAACACCGACUGUGGUCCUGCCCCCAUCUUGUGACAUCAGUUGUCCCGCUCUAGCUAUCAUCCUCCUUGUGUGGGCUCGGCAGCUGCAGCUGUUAGCCGAUCUCCUUGACUAUCAAAAUAUCAUGACGAUGGAUGGGGGCAAUGAGGGCGAAAAAAAAUACAAAAAAAAUUUUAAAAAUGGGUGCAGGUUUUUUGGCAGAUGUGUUGGCGCCGUGUGGGUGUUUGUGCGAGUGUGUGAGCGUGUUUGUGCAUGACCCACUACAGAGUCGAUGCAGCCCUGUUUUUGAUAGUGACAAUGAAAGUUUUCUCUUCUCAUCUUUGCUGUAAUUGGUUGUCAUUCUUGCUGCACGCCUAUCCAUCUGCCUGUUUUUUGUUUUUUUUGCCGUCUGUCCGUUCUUUUUGUAGGGUUUUUGAGCUUCGUAUUAGCGGUUGUGCUGCCAAUUCAACCUGUGCCGACAGCACAAAACCACAGUACUGUCCAAACUGCUGUUAAAUGUUUCUCAGAGAACGUUAUUGAUAUGAAUAUUAAAACAUUUUUGCCAUAAAUGCCUCUUUGGCUUUGGUACAGCCAGAAUAUGUGCAUUCUAGAAAAUGUCAGUUGCUGAUGUUUUGGUUAGUGUCAAUCUAUGCUUGCGUUUUGUUUUAUGGAGAGUGUGUGCGGACGCGUGCGUGUGUGUGUGGGCGUGUGUGUCAGUUGCAUGACUUGCAGUGUGUGUCUGUACUGUCUCGCGGGAUGCUGCAGAGUCAUGUGCAUGGUCCGGUGAUGUGGCUUUCUCGUUUCGCUCCUAUUCCUCUUCUCUGCUUGGUCAAUCUGCUGGCAACCAUUUGAGAUGUCUGUUAUUUUUAUUACUAUAAAAACUAGUAACAUAGAUGGCUUUCUGUGAAAGAAACCCUGCCCAAGGAACAAUGUGGCAUGUUAAAAAUUCUAUAUUUGCAUUGUUUUCUUUUUUUUAGUUGUUAUCACUGUGUUUCUUGGAUAAUGCCUAUUGAAUACUGUUUCCUGUGUUGGUUGUUUUUGCUGUCGAUUGUUUUGUUUUUUUUCUCUUUAUCCAAAGAAAGUAGUGAUUUAAAAUAGUGAAAGACAUGCUGAGCACAUCACAGCCUGUGGACUUGAUGCCGCACAGGUCUCUUCUUCUGUUUAAUAAGUCAGGGCUGGCUGCUGUCUUUAUGGAAAUAAGCACUUGUUAAAAUCUCUGUCAAAUCACUGGUUAUAAUGUCACACAGACUUGCCCUUAUUGUGGAUUAUCUUUUUUUCAUUCAUUAUAUUGGAAUUCCAUUUGUUGAUUAUCCGACUCGUUAGUAUUUUAUUGACACUGAAUACGAGGCCUAGAGUUAAAGGUGUCUCAGUGUAAGCUUCUCCACGGAGUAGGUCCUGCUUUUAGCUCAGUGCCUAGGCCUACAGGUGAGGCGGAAUGUCUUGCAUGGAAAGCACACCGUAAGGAUAAGAAGAUGCUGUGCAUGUGUAGAAGGAAAGACCUGUGUGGCUUAAGAAUCUAUGAAGCAGCUGUCUUACCUCAAAAGAAAUCAAAGUUAUAUUAUAAUUCUUGUUUGGUGGCAAAAAUCUCCCUCCUUUGUCAAAAUUUAUGGUAAGAUGUUAUUGUAUGAUAAAGAUGAAGAUUUUUAUAUCUUACAAUAUUAAAAAUUGA